AUAAAAUCAAGUGUUUGGGGUGCCGGCGGCGGAUGCGAAGUCGAAGAGAUGGCGUGGUUUUUACACCGGUAGGGCAAACACGGAGGGGCUGAAGAGCGCCCUGGCCCGGCUUCGGCAGAGGACCUCUGGACAGUCCCAUGAGAACAACACUGCAGAACCCACUCGCCAUCAUGCUCACGCAGGUGGUGGCUGGACUCCAGCUGGCGUUGACGUGGUCAGCGGCACGGGCAAACACCGAAUGGCGGUUCUCGUGAGGAAGUCGGCGCCGGGAUCGCCCACGCCGUCGUCGGCUUCCAGUUACGGUACCGCGUCAUCCGGUAACGAUCUCAUCGCUAGCGCGUCCAGCGCACUGCGCCGGCUCCACUUCAAAUCUGCCGGCGCCCAACGCAUGCUCAACCGGACCAAACAACAACAACAGCACCACCACCAGAGCCUGCAGCACCAACAGCCGCAAUCGCAGCAAUCGUCGCCGGCGCCCAAGCUCAAGGUGUUCGGGUCCAGCUCGGUGUCCGUCGAAUCGUCGGUCACGGUCAACACCAGCACCGAUUCGUCCGCGGCAACCAUGACCACGGUUACCGACGACACGGAAAACGAGGACAAUUUAGACAAUCCAUUUGAACCGAAAAUGCGAAUCAUUCCGAACUUGUUGGAUGAAGUGCUCAACGGCACUCAGUCAUCGUCCUCCGCAGAAAAGGACGACGAGUUCUACAGUGCAUCUAGCACCGAAGAACAGCCCAGGGACGACCCGAAGGCCGUGUUCACCGUGCAGGACACCGCACCUGAAGAAUACGAGGACAGUGGMAUGCCGCUGAUGCAGUACACUACGUUGCCGAGCAGCUUUCACCAUCACCACAACAACAACAACUACAACAACAACAAUGACAACAAGACUAACAACAACUACGGAAAAGACGAUGGUGGCGUGGAGGAGAACACCAUUGCGGAAGCAGAAGACUUCCGGUCAUCCGACAAGGACCGGAACACGGAUGACGAUGCGGAUAACACACUGGAAUGGCGUAACAUCAUGAAGCGGCAAGCACUGCUCGAGAACCUUCACCGAAACACCAUCAUAGCGAACAAGAGAUUAAAGCUUCUUUCAAGAAGAUAUGCUAAAAGUCGUUUCGAAGAGGACAGGACUCGAACAGAAAUCGGUCGAAACUCGUCAGGUUUUGCCGCCGAACAAAUGACCAUUGACAGCGAAGACUCUUUCCAAGUUGACAAUGGUUCACCACCCAUUCCUUCAUCGCCGACUGGUCUCCCAGGAUCACCUACUUGCGAUAACGAGUCAUCUCCGACCAAGUCCAAACAGCAUUUUACGUUCCCAACAGUCAAAGAAACAGACGAACCUACUGAUCCGGCCAAAAGGAGACCGUCGACGGUGUACAACCGGACGCCAAACUGGAACAACAAGGAGCGGAAGGGCUCGGCGGUGCUGCUGGACGCGUUGGUCAUCAACAAGAGCCAAUCGGCUGCGGUGGUCAUGUCGGACACGGGACAAGUGGCAACGAUCGUCGUUCAACAGCCAUCGCUGUCGGCCAACUCGCCGGAACAAGGGCAUGAAGGAUGUCAGACUGCGCCCGUCGAACUGCCGAUUGACUUCAACCGGUGGCCCGACUUUGCCAACAGCAUAAGUUCGCAACAGUAUCACGACUUUCAGAUGAACACGGAACACUUGACGACAUCCAACUACACAGUAAUCGGCGUUGGCUACGGUGGUGCUGGCGGUGGAGGUGGAGGUGGAGGUGUCAAUGGUGGUUCCUACCCUGGUUCAGCGAGGACCAGUGCAGGCACAUCGUUGGCGUCUUCCCGAGAGUCCAGUUGCGCCAGCUGUCCAGGCAUCACUCAGCCGUUCCGCAUAGCUAUGUUGGGUGCUACAGGCGUCGGUAAGACGUCACUGGUGUGUCAGUUCAUGACAUCCGAGUCACUACACAUCUACGACGCUUCCAUAGACGAAGAUGGAGAAAAAUCUGUUUCUGUAUUAUUGGAUGCAGAAGAGUCUGAGUUAAUUUUUUUGGAUAAAUCUAAUGCUCCAGCCGAUUGCAAUGACGUGUUUGAAGAGUCUCCACAUGCCUAUUGUAUUAUCUACUCAAGAAAUGAUUGGGACAGCUUCAAACAAGCCGAAGAAUGGCUGCAAGCUUUGUGGAAAGCAGAUGUAGUCAGAAAUAAAGCUGUGAUAUUAGUCGGUAACAAAAACGAUAUCGUAAGACCAAACAUCGUGCCAUCAGGAGUUGGAAAACAAAUGGCCACUCGGUAUGACUGCAAGUUCAUAGAGACGUCGGUAAUAAUCAACUACAAUGUGGACGAAUUACUGGUUGGCAUACUUACGCAGAUACGAUUGAAGUUGGACCAACCACCGGAACAUGGAGUGACCAGAUCUUCAUCGAUGCGGAAACGUUCCAAGUCACCAUUGGGAAACUGCGGACCAACGUUCAAAAAAUACAGAGGAUCCCGAACUUCUACCAGUCUCCGGGUGAAGGGACUGUUAAGCAAGGUGUGGGCCAGGGAUUCCAAGUCGAAGUCGUGCGAAAACUUACACGUGCUCUAAUGACGAAUUUGGAA